AACUGGUUGAUUCUCUGCUACCAAAACUGAAAAGAAGAUAAGUUAGAUUGAUUACAGUCGAAAUGGCCCUAGCUCCAAAUUCCGUGAUAGUCCACAACAUGGCUAUCACUUUCCCAUCCCGAAAGCUCGGAACCGUUGAAACCUACCACCGUUAUAAUCAUUCUAAACCCAACUUCCAUUCCUGUUCGCAGUCUCAGCAAGUUAGUCGAAUCGCUACAGCGUCUUGCCUGCCCAGUAGCACUCUCUCUGAUGUUCACUUGCACAGCUCCAAUACUUCCGCCGUUGAUGCCGCUGCUAAUUCUUGGUCAGCAUUUGCUAGAAAUGUUUCUGGGGAAUGGGAUGGGUAUGGAGCAGACUUCACAGGGGAAGGGGUUCCAAUUGAACUUCCAGAGUCUGUUGUACCGGAAGCUUAUAGGGAAUGGGAGGUUAAAGUGUAUGAUUGGCAAACACUGUGUCCUACUCUUGCUGAACCCAAGGAAAAUGUUAUGUUUUACAAAUCAAUAAAACUCCUUCCUACUGUUGGAUGUGAAGCAGAUGCUGCAACACGGUAUAGCAUUGAUGAGAAACAUAUUGGGGGUCCGGAUAAUACAGUUUCUGCCUUUGCAUAUGAUUAUAGAGGAUGUUAUAUUGCUGUCUGGCCAAUUAAAGAUGACGGUACACAUAAGGUGUUGGAGUUGGAGCAUUGCUUGACCAAUCUCAAGGAUUGUGAAUCUCGAGUGAGGAUAAUUCAGACUGUCCGUGUGGAUGGUUUAAAGACUAUUUUGCAGAACAUUAGAAUUUUCUGUGAACAGUGGUAUGGUCCAUUUAGAAACGGUGACCAGCUUGGUGGAUGUGCCAUCUGUGACUCAGGAUUUGCUUCUACAGGUGCACUAGAAGCCUCUGAAAUCAUUGGUGUAUGGCAGGGACCUAAAUUUAUCACUAGUUUCAAUGGUUCUGAGAAUAACUUUCUUCAAGAACUCAAAGAUGAUGGAGUGUUGAGGUCAGUGAGAGAUGAAUGCAACCUUGUUUUGCUUCCCCGGCAAUUAUGGUGUUAUGUGGAAGAAAGUGAAUUUGGUGAAACUUGCCAUGAAGUUGGAUGGCUGUGUGAUGAAGGACGUGCUAUUACAUCAAGAUGCAUCUUUUCAAAUGAGGUGAAGUUAAAGGCAAGUUUGGUACUCCAACUUUCAGAGGUUUUUAAGUUUGUGAUUUUAACGUCUUAUCAAAUAUUGAUUACCAAUGCAAAGGGAGGUCAGCCCUGUGAAUCACUUAUUGUUACAACAUGCUUUAUGUCUAGUAUACAGAAUUCCAUGCUUCUUUCACUAUGGUGGAGGCCUCAUCAAGUUAUGAUACCAUUCAAUCAAAAAUUAAGUUUUCCAACCUGCAUUAUUUUUUGUUCUUUUGGGGGUGGUUGGGAGUGUGGUAUGAAUAAAACAAGCUGGAAAACUUGGUUCUUGGUUAUGGCCAUUCUCUAUAAAGUAUGAACCAGUUUGACCUUGAAACGAACUUACUCUUGUCUCUUUGGCAGGAAAUUUCAAUAGCAAACCAAACUAAAGCCUUGGAAGCUGCAUAGCUAGUGAUGAGUCAAAUUCUGUUUUUGCCGAGGUUCGGGAAACCAGUUUAUUACUCUUGUAAUAUUACUUAACUGUUCAAGAUACAUCAAACAAAUGGUAUUCUAUCUCUACAGAGUUUUGUUUUAUUACAAUUUAGUAUGUAUGUUAUCAAGUCCUGUUAUUGCUGAGGUUCGAGAAACCAUGUUAUUACAAAACAUCACUUAACCGUUCAAGUUAAAUCAGACA